GGACCGCCUCCUUCCCCUUCCCCGGGGGCCUAUCCGGAGUUCCGGAGUUUGUGACUCCGGAUUAUCCGUAAGCGACGAGCGAACUUCCCGAUAACUGAGACCAGUUUCUCCAACCCUCACCGCGCCCUCCAUAACCCACGACUCCCUUCCGGGGGAGAGGGCACGGGCUCGCGGAGCAGGCGGGGCCGCGUAGCCACGGGCGCGUGCUCCGGAGAGCAUCCCGCCGAGCUCGCCCCCCACGCUUCACCACUUAGCUCCGGUGGCAUUGGCUGGCCGCGCGCUGCUGGCGUCUCCUCACCUCCCAGCCGAGCGGCCCCUAGACCCCAGCGCCGUUGGAGCGACCCGGGCGAGGCCAGGUGCUCGGUCUGACCGAGGGAAGCCGGAGGAGGACUGGCCGGCUGGGGAGAGCCGCCGGGCUUCGCAGAGGCGGCCCUACGCCCCCGGAGCAGGCGGAGUCGCUGUCACCUGAGGAAGCCAGACAGCUAGCUGUGUCCCACUGCUGUCGGGCUCCGCACCCAGAUUAGUGGUCCAGGCCCGGGAGUCAGCGUCACACCGGUGAGGACAGACCACAUCGAGCGAGUGGGCAUGGCCACACCGUUCUUACCUGCGGGGGCCACCACGGGUGACAGUGGUGGGGAACUGAGCUCCGGGGACGACUCCGGUGAUAUGGAAUCACCCCAGACCCCCGAGACCGAGGCGUCCCGGAGCCUAGCCGAGCAGUUUGAGAAGGCUGCUGCACACGUCCAAAGCCUGAUUCAGAUGGCCAGCAGGGAGCAGCUCUUGUACCUGUAUGCCAGGUACAAGCAGGUCAAAGUUGGAAAUUGCAAUAUUCCUAAACCAAACUUCUUUGAUUUUGAAGGAAAGCAAAAAUGGGAGGCAUGGAAAGCCCUUGGUGACUCCAGCCCUAGCCAAGCAAUGCAGGAAUACAUCGCAGCAGUUAAAAAACUAGAUCCAGGAUGGAAUCCUCAGGUAUCAGAGAAGAAAGGAAAAGAAGCCAAUAGUGGUUUUGGUGGGCCAGUCGUUAGCUCUCUAUAUCAUGAAGAAACAAUCAGGGAAGAAGACAAAAAUAUAUUUGAUUACUGCAGGGAAAACAACAUUGACCGUAUAACCAAAGCCAUCAAAUCGAAAACUGUGGAAGUGAACAUGAAAGAUGAAGAGGGCAGAGCUCUGCUCCACUGGGCAUGUGACCGAGGACAUAAGGAACUAGUCACAGUCUUGCUACAAUAUGAAGCUGACAUUAAUUGUCAGGACAAUGAAGGUCAGACAGCUCUUCAUUAUGCUGCUGCCUGCGAGUUUUUGGACAUUGUGGAGCUGCUGCUCCAGUCUGGCGCUGACCCCACUCUCCGAGACCAAGACGGCUGCCUGCCAGAAGAGGUGACGGGCUGCAAAGCAGUCUCUCUGAUGCUGCAGCGGCACAGAGCUAGCAAGGCCUGAUCUAGAGGUUGGAAAAGUACAGUCUGAUAGGGUAGGACUUCGGGAUGAAAGAAACUGUAAAAAUAAUACCUCUUAACCACCCAUCUUUGGUAUGCAUUGGCUAAUAAAAUCAGUUCUGCGGAACUGGAAUUUGACGUCU